AUGGCGGCCCCAGCCAACCAGCAGGCCCUAGCAGACCCUCAGACCCAAACACCUGACUACCCUCAAGCACAAACCCUGCCACAAACACCAGAACACACAACUGCAGCCUUACCUGAUAUAUCAGCUCUGGCCACCAAGCAUGAUAUUAAAAAUCUCUUCACCGAAUUCCGCCAGAAGCUAGCAACUGACAUAGUCAUCCAGGCUGACUUACAGGUGGUUACAGACAGG